CCGAGCUCUCACCUUUGACACUUGACACACUCCGGGAAACAGCAAAAAAAAAACUAGAAAAACACCCACAUCGAUGAGUGAUCCGCCAGCCGAUGGCUUAGGGCGCCUCCGCCUCAAGGUGCGUCUGUGGAUCUAUGGAAUCGCCCUGGUGUUCAUUGUCCUCGCUAUUGUACUGCUUAUCAUACCAGGCCUGUUCCGAGGAUAUCCACUAGUUCCAGACAGCGUGGCUACCUAUUGCUUCUUUGGCAUCGGAUUGACCGUCCUCUGCGUCUACGUCAACGUGAUAUGGCUGCGUCGGAAGUUUCCCCUCAACUGGAUAUUCAGCUGCAUCAUUGCAGGCUGUCUGGCAUUGGGAACGGUAUCUGUUCUUUCCGAUCAGCUUACUGAACAGGUACUUCUACUGAGCGUAGAGAUCUUGAUCAUGAUGACAAUGAUGCUGUUGGUUGGUUCAUUUAUACUGCCCGAAUGUCCUACAGUGGUCCAUCUAUUUGUCACCUGGUUCAUAUUCGUUAUCUUCUCCUCGGUUUUGAUGACAGCGGUUUGUGUCCACAUGCAAGAGGUUCUAUACAUGUAUGAAGUAGCCGUUCACUUUGUGUUCUGGCAAGUCAGCUUUCCGCUGAUUGUGUUCCAGGGCCAGGUAAUCUCUGGCUACUGGGGAAACCCGCCGCCCCUCCUCGACAAGCCGCUCUGCUCCGCGAUGGUGCUGUUCGACUUUCUCGCCUCCUACGUCUGCCUGGUCUCCGCUGAUGACAUUGGAUUCGAGUACUACUACUUACGCGGAGAUUCAAAUCAAGAGUUUUUAGUUAGAUCAAUAAAGAGCCAAUACGAAAUCAUAGUGAACAGUUAAACCUCGAAAUAGGAGUUUUAUAUAAAAAUUUAUAGAUUAUUCUGUAAACGAAAACACAUAUUUUGUUAUUUAAACAAUUAAUAUUCACCAAUA